UAUUCCAUGGUCUGCUUCAGACCUGUCAGCUGGUGUGAAAGCUCACUACAAGAUCUCUGAAGUUUGUCAAGGAGAAUUGUGUAGAAUUUUAGCAAGUUACUUGAAUUAAGAUAGUAAUAUGAAUUACUAAAAUAAUUUCCAGAAACGUUUCUGUGAAAUCUGGUUGUUGACGAUUGAAAGAGAAGAAUCCAUGAAACAAAUUUAAAAUAAAAUAAAAUAAAAAUUCCAUUAGGAGAAAUAUAAUUUACAUUUACAGCAUUUGGCAGACGCCUUCAUCCAGAGCGACUUAUAUUUAUCUCAUUUUAUGCAACUGAGGGUUAAAGGCAGUGCUCAGGGGCCCACAGAGUGGCAACCUGGUGGACCUCACAACCUUCCGAUUUGUAGGCUAAAGUCCACUAAGCUACCAUGUAAUGCUGCACUAUAACAUGAGCAAGCACUAGCCUUUAUUUGUCACAUAUACAUUACAGCACAGUGAAAUUCUUUCUUCACAUAUCCCAUCCUUGGAGGUUGGGGUCAGAGCACAGGAUCAGCCAUGAUACAGUGCACCUGGAGCAGAGAGGGUUAAGGGCCUUGCUUAAGGGCCCAACAGUGGCAACUUGGUGGUGCUGGGGCUUGAAUCCCAAAUCUUCCGGUCAACGACCCAGAGCCUUAACCACUUGAGCCACCACCAGGAAGUCUUAUGAUAUGUACACAUAUACACAUGCAGCACCAAAGCAGGUAGAGAGCAGGUACAGCGGGUGAUACAGAGCACUAGGUGUAAGGGUUAAAGUGAACCCUUACAGAGCAGGAGGAUGAGCUACUGAAGAGGCAGUGUGUGUGGGAGCGGGGUCAUUAGAGAAGGCACUCUGAAGCGCUAUUUCCGACGUUGUCCGAGGCGCUGAGGUAACUGAUGUGCCGCUGUGAGGAGGAGUGUUUUAUGAAAAAAUCCUGUCUUCAUCAAGCACAGAGCAAUUGAGAUUGAGCGACGCUGCAGAAGAUCUCAGCGUGGAUACGCCGUGUCUUGUUCCAAAUCAUUUUCUUAAUGGUUGUUUAAGAGCAAAAAUCUGACCAGUUCUUAAAUCCAGAAAUAUUAUGUAAGAAAUAAAACAUGCUGUUUUAGGAAAAUAUUCAGUAACUGGUCAUGUGACGUGAGGUCUGGUGAUUGGUGAUGAUCUGACCUGAAGAGCGCCGAGGAUGUUGUGCAUGGCUAAUUUGUGAGCAGCAUGGACGAGGCUGCCAGCCAGCUGGAGAGAGACCAUGUUCACAGCGUGUACGAGAGGAUUGCGCCGUUCUUUAAUGACAGUCGCUACAAGGCUUGGCCAAGAGUCAAGCAGUUCCUGUUGGAGCAGGAGCCAGGCAGCAUCGUCGCUGAUGUGGGAUGUGGCAAUGGGAAAUAUCUGCACAUCAACGAAAGCAUCUUUAAGAUGGGCUGUGAUGUGUGCCGGCCCUUGGUGGAUUCGGCCUGGAGUCAAGGUCAUGAGGUUCAGCUGUGUGACGGCCUGCGUUUACCCUACAGAGACGGCUGCUUCGAUGCAGUGCUGUCCAUCGCAGUCAUCCACCACAUGUCCACCAAGGAGCGUCGCAUCCGGGCACUAAAAGAAAUGGCGCGCACUUUACGAGUUGGAGGCCGAGUCAUGAUCUACGUUUGGGCCAUGGAGCAGAAAAGACGCAAGUUCGAGAAGCAGGACAUCUUCGUACCCUGGAACCCCAACCCUCCAUUAUCCUGUGCUUCGAGAGGACGUCUCAGACCCAGGCAGCGUGGCAGCGGAACCCAGAGCGUUAGCGAUGCCCCGGAGUCUGACGACAUGCACAGGAACACAAAAAGCACAUCGUCAAUGGUGGAUGAAGAAGAUCCAGGAAGCCCGGCACAGCAGAGGAAGCAGAAGCUCUGGUUUUUCUCCAGGUCUCUGGACUCGGUGCUGGAUUUAAGCAGCCUGAGCGUGUCUGGCUCUUCCUCUAGAGAGCUCAGCGUCUUCUGCAGCCCCACUGAUGAACCCGAGGCCAGGACCCAAGCCAGAAGCACAAGAGGACGAGCCCUGAUCAGACAAGUGUCCAGCUUUUUCACCAACCCGUCCUCCAGGAACAGUCUAGAAGAGGACGUGUUCGUCUCCGAGCCGCACGAGCAGAUGCAGAAAGCCGAGUGCAGCAGCGGGAACGGGACGGUUUCGGUCACGCUGGUGCAAGACUGCUCAUCGGUGCCGUUACCCGAUCUGGUGUCUCGACAGAGGGAGCGCUCGGGGAGCGAACUUCUGGGAGAGGACGACGUGGCAGAUAUCGGACAGGAAAACGCCAUGUCCCUGACGCAGCAGGAGGAGUGGAGUAAAGACAAGCUGAACGAGUCGUGUCUGCGCUAUUACCACGUCUUCAGAGAGGGAGAACUGACGCAGCUGAUCGAGGAACAUGUUGAGGAACUCCAUAUCCUGCAGACCUACUUGGAUCAUGCCAACUGGUGUGUGGUGGCCGAGAAGGUCCAUGUGUGGAGGGUUUGAGUUUGUUUAUUUAUUAUAUUUAAGUGCUCUCUUUUUAAAUGUUUUUUAAGGUUUUUGAUUCGUUUUGAGAAACACUUUGAGGUUCCGUUUCUUUACAGUCUCCCAAAAGCAUGGUGAAGAUGAGAUCAUCUUAUCUGGAGAGAAAGAAAGAGAGAGAGUGUUCGAUGUGACGCUCGCUUAACCGUUUAACAUGAUCUCGGUGCUGUGAUGCUUUCAGGAGCAGUAUUUACAAGCUCAACAUUUUGGCUUUUUCUGGUCUACUUUUUUAUUUUUUGUUUUAGCUUUAAUUUGUACGUCUCUAAUUUUUCCACUAAGGCAAUGGAAAACGUUUCGAAGUUUACUGAUAUCCCAUAUGGCACUGAUUUUCAUGGCAAAUACAAUACUGUUAGCUGUCUUAAGCAAUUCCUGCCUGAAACGGACGUCAUUGCACAUCGUCGUACUGAACCAAACAAUGUGAGCACAUAACUAGCAUUUAAAUAGUGAAUGCUCCCUUCUCAGGAGUUUUUUCUCUGGUGUGACGGUGGAGUAUCAUGGUUUAAUGUUGAACUGUUUACCUAAGAUGAUCUGUCAUAUUGCUGCUUGGUGGAGCUCGGUAGAUUGCACACAAAAAAAUAUAAUCCUCCCUUCCUGAAAAAUUUCUAAAUAAUUCCAUUUGAACAUUUUAACUGCUGGUGUUGGAGAUUUUAACGCUGAUGUGCGUGUGCGUGUGUGUGUGUGUGUGUGUGUGUGUGUCAUGCCACGGGUUGAUUUAUUUUUUUCUUUGUAAACUUGAACAUGUUUUUUUUUAUUAUUUAUUAAACUGUGUGUUCUUACUGUAUAUUUAAUAAAAAAUGUGUAAUUGAAACGUGAAAGUGAAUAAAUAUUCUAUAUUUUAUUCUCAUCUA